CGAUUAAAAGCGCGUGCGCGUGUUGCUUUUUUUACUUCGCAAAUGUUUGAGGUAGAAGAAAUGGAUAUUGUAACGAAGGUUUUAAAAACAGCAGCAGAACAGGCCAAGCAGUUUAAAAGCAUUAAUGUAGAAAAACAUCUUGAACUAGAAUAUGACCUAGGGACGUUAUUAGCUGUAGAUAGUAACGAUUUAGACUUGAAACAGAUGAGAUCUGAAUCAAACAGAGAUGAAUAUCUAAAAGAUCUAGCCCGGGAUAACACUCAGCUUCUUCUGAAUAAGAUUUGGGAAUUGCCAAUAGAAAGAGUGGAGGAAGCAAUAGUUGCGAAACUUCCAGCACCAACAUUUGUACUGCCCAGGGAGAAACCACUUCCAAAACCAAAGCCACUAACAAAGUGGCAGAAAUAUGCCCGGGAGAAAGGAAUAACGAAAAUAAAAAAGUCUAAACUUAAUUGGGAUGAAACACUGCAGAAAUGGGUGCCACAUUAUGGUUUCAAGCGUGCAGCAGCUGAUAAAGAGAAGAGCUGGUUGCUACCUGUACCAGAUAACGCUGAUCCCAAUGAAGACCAGUUCAGCAAGCUGUCUGAAACUAAAAGUGAAAAUGUUGCAAAGAAUGAAUUCCAAAGGCUCAGAAAUUUGGCAAAAGCCAAAAAUAUAAAGAUUCCAAGAGUUGGAUUUCUUUCAGUGGAUAAACUUAAUUCCAAACAGCUGGGGGAGGCUGUGUCGGUGGCCAAGUUCUCGACUGCUUCCCUGGGCAAGUUUCAGGGGAAUCUUGCUAAGGAGAAGCAAGCAAAGAACAUUAAAGCUCUGCUUCCCAGUAGCAAGAAGAGAAAACCAGCACCCCUGACUCCUGUGGAGGAGAAGAAAUCAAACUUUGACAUUCUUGACAGUAUCCUGAGCAAGAAGCCCAAGUUGGAUAUUGAGAAGGCAGUGAACCGGGUGCUGAACACUGAACAGCGGGAGCGUGCUGCUGAAAAAAAGAAUCAGAAGAGGGGCAGAAAGAAAAUGAAAGGUGGAAAGAAAGGAAAAGACACUGGGAAGAGGACAGGUGUUAAACCAAAGGGUGGAAAGGGCAGCCGGAAACCUCGUGGAAAGAUGGGUCGCAAGAGACGUUAAUGUUUGCCCGCUGGUAUGGUAAUUUUGUAAUGCCAUUACUAUCUGAAAUUAUGUAAGCAUGUAGAGAAGUUUAAAAGAGAUUAAAGUCCUCUUGUUUGAGA